UCAGUUGACUACCUUUAUCGGGGAUAACGGCAGUCAUUUCCUGCGCUCCAUUCGUAAUGAGUCUGUACCUGGACCGCAGCCGGCUGCCACGGCAACCGCACUCGGCGGGAUUGUGAGGCGUGCCCGCAGCGGACGGGGCUCGGGGGAAAGCAAGCGGCGCGAGUCAGGAGGUGCCUUGUCACGUGCAGGCGAGCAGGCGAGAGGCGCGCAUAGCAAGAGCUCCGUCAGCCAUGAGACACACGCACACAGCGCCACCUUGCUUGCUCUGCACGCCUCUCAACAUUCCACUUUCGCUCAUUAAGUACUGCUGCUGACGCCCACGAUAGUAACUUUCUAUGGCGUCAAUUCCAGGUGGCUCCCGCGCCGCCGCGCACGCCACUGCCGCGCGCGCCAUCCCGGUCUUCCUCGAAGCCUCGCCGGCCACCCAAGCGCUGCUCCCGCCGCAUCCGCCGGAUCCGCCGCACCCGCCGCGCGCGGAGGCUUCAGACGAUGAAGCGCAGUGCGCGGGAGCCAGGGACAAGGAUCACUCCGCGCGUUCAGCACGGACCGCGCAAGCCCCCCCACUGGGGGCACAAGUGGCCUGCGCUGCUGCCGCGCAUUGCGGCGGAAUCUCCCCCGCCUUUCCGCAGCGCGACGCGCCAUGGGCGGCGGCCCUCGCGGCGUGCAUCGCGCUGCUGCUCGUCCACGAGCUCGCGUCGCCGCUUUUCGCGCUCCAACGGCCGUCCCUCGCCGCCCUCGCCUUCUUCCUCCCCUGUGCCCUCUCCGCCCUCCUCCUCUCCCUGCCCCCCUCCCGCUUCGCCCUCAGCCGACUCCACGGAAACCUGACCCCUCGCGUCGUUACUGUGUCCUGUGUCGUCAGCGGCGUUAUUCUGCUAAUCUCAUGGGGUCUAGGUGUCUCCUAUCUGCUCUUUUGGAAGGAUACUGCGCCGAUUACAUACCUAAUUUACUCCACCGAUUCUGCUGUUUGCCUCUUAUUGCUGCUCCUCACCGUCCUCCCGUUUGUGGCUUUGCAGCAGCUCCGCCCUACUGUCACAUCCGUUAUAGCCCACGCCAUCCAGUUGGCGCUUUCAUUUGAUUCAGGAGUCCUCGUUACAAUCACAUUGCAGGGGGUGGUGUUUCUCGUUAUUGUCACACCCAUUAUGCAAGCGAGCUCUGACUAUCUCAGCUGCUUCGGCGAUUGGUCCAUUGGUAACACGUGUUACGUGGAUGGCAGGCUGGUUACACCAAUCCGUUAUCCCUCAAUCCUCACCAUUCCCUUGGCUUUCAUUGCCAUCUGGUUUCUACUCGCUACAGUCACAUCCGCUGUAUUCACUGUAUCAGCGAGGUUCGUCCUAGCAUACGCAGCUGAAUUAACUGGCAGCGGUGGUAGCAGCAGCAGCAGCAGCAGCAGCAGCAGCAGUGGGGUUGGGAGUGGUGGGAUGUGCUCUGUGCCUCGCGGUGCUGGUGGUGCGAGUGAAGCUGCUGUGGGUGCGCCAAGUGAUGAGCCCGUGAGGCAGCAUGGGUGGUGGCAGCAUGGGUGGUGCCAGCAUGGGUGGUGGCAGAGAAUAGUGCAGGUGGCCAAACAGGACAGCGCGGUCAUGAGGGCUGCCAUGGGCCCUGCCAGCGCCAUCGGCUGUGCCGCCACCGCCACGGUGCUCCUCGCUGCACUCACCAGCAUGUCACUGCACGGCAGCCUGGGGGCGGGCGUUGCUGCUGUGAUGGCCACAGGACUGCUUGUCUGGACUGCUGCUGCUGCCCUCUGCUUCCUCUACUGCCUCGUGCUCCCCCUCAUCACCAUCACAGGACUUAGUUUCUCCCGCGCUCUUCAGCUUGCCAUCCGUGUGUUACCAAGCCGUGCCCCAGUCCUUCUCCUCACUCUUGCUGCUGCACUGCCGCUGCUGCUGCCCGUGGCGCUGCUCACUCUCCUCGUCGUUGGGUUCGGUGGGUCAGCUGUGGCCUACGUCUUCAUGCUUCUGCUGUCCCCUCUGCUGCAACAAGUAAUGGGGCCAUGGAACAUGCUUGCGCUGUUCGUCCAGGCAGCCAUACUGAGCUUCGUUACUGGGGCAAUUUCUACCAUCGUGCUUGCGUGUAUCAUUGUCAGCGGCACAGUAUCGCUUAGCUCCUCUGAGGAUCCUGACUUAGCAGGCAUAGAGAGAGGGGCUCAUGCUUGCAUGCUCCCCCCACCACAAACAACCCCUCUUUGUGCCACCAACUCUGUAUAGUACAGA